AGAAGCCCGCGCAGCCUUCAUUCAAUCGCACGUCUUAAUAACAACCGCGCCCGUACGUACGACCACGGUACAAUAACGCGAGCUCGUCGAGAAAUAAACCAGUUGUUAACGCAUCUCAACCCCGUUGCUCGUUGCAUCGACAGGUAACGAAGAGUACGGAUGUCCAGAAACAGAAGUGCCGUGAUUGUGUUAUUUGAAGCGAGUUUGUUCUUUCGAUUGUGACGAAAAUUAAAAAAAAAUAGAUUUUUAAAUUUAGAAUAAUAGAAAAAAAAAAACAUGCUCUUGCUUGGAACUAUUUGCUGAUAGUAUCGUUUUUAUUUGUUCAAUAAAAUCCAUACUAUAAUAAUAAUAAUAAUUCGGGUUCCUGCUCAGUCACAUUAACAGGCAAGCUAUACGCUGUUGGUAGCGCCACUCCCCCCAGUGAGAGACGUUUGAGUGUCCCCGCGACCACCAUACAAAGCCGCCCGCCCGCAUAGGAUGGUAGAAACUGACCCGGGGCCCAAGAAUCCUCACAAUUGUGAUGUAAAAGGGGAUCUACAACUAAACGGCCCAGGUUCCAAAACCGCCGAGCUUGGCGUCGUACCUUCAGUUAAGAAAUCGAAAUCCGAUCCGGAGAAGGGCUCCAAUUCGGAAAAAGCCGACUUCGAACGGGCUAUCGAACUAACCGGAUAUGGCCGCUUCCACUACAUGCUGUUGGCAGUAUGCGGUCUCGUCAGCACUUCCGAGGAGAUGGACGUCAUCUCGAUGUCGUUCAUCCUACCCUCGGCACAGUGCGACUUAGACCUCACCACUCAGACUAAAGGAUGGCUAAACAGUAUAAUCUUCAUCGGUAUGAUGGUGGGCGCGUACGCUUGGGGUUCAGUGGCAGACUCGCUUGGUCGCAAGCGAGUGCUCAUAGCCAUCUCCAUAGUGAACGCGCUCGCCAUCGUCGCCUCCUCCUUCAGUCAGAACUACGAGCUCUUCAUGUUCUUCCGCUUCGUGAACGGUGCCGCCUUGGGCGGGUCAGGACCUGUGAUUUGGUCGUAUUUCGCGGAAUUCCAGCCGAAAAAGAAACGUGGGGCCAUGUUGAGUUUCAUGGCAGCCUUCUGGACUCUUGGUAACCUGUUCGUAGCCGGUUUAGCCUGGGUCAUCAUUCCGAGUGAAAUCGGAGGAUCGACCGGGGGCUUCGUGUACAAUUCUUGGCGGAUAUUCCUGCUGGUUAUGUCACUACCUUCAUUCGUGGUGGCGGCUCUACUGUUCCUUUUGCCGGAAUCACCGAAAUUCUUGAUCUCGACGGGCCGACACGAAGACGCUCUAGAAGUGUUCCGCAGCAUCUAUCUCAUGAACACCGGCCGCAGCAAAGACGAGUACCCAGUGAAACAAAUCCUCGUGGACGAUCUGGUGCACGCGAAGCCAGAGAAGCAAAUCGAAUCAAAGGAGCCAAAGUCUAAACUCAGGAGGAUGUUGAGCGACAUUGUCGAGCACAGCAAGCAGCUGUUUGUUCCGCCUAUACUCAAGUUCACUACGAUCUCUAUUACAAUCAACUUUACAUUCCAUAUCGGGUAUUACGGUCUGAUGAUGUGGUUCCCUGAGAUGUUCAAUCGUUUCGACGAGUGGUCGCGCACGCACGACAACGCCGAGGCGGACAUCUGCGAGGUGACGGCGUACGUGACGCGGCUCGGCACGCACUCCGCCGCCGCGCAGUGCGACUCGCACAUACACUCGGACGUCUUCAUGGAGUCGCUCAUCACCGUCGCGGCCGCCAUACCCUCCAACAUCUUCGCGGUCCUCGGCAUGGACAGGCUCGGGAGGAAGUUCUUCCUUGUGUUUGCAACAUUCUCGGCUGGCUCGUGUUCAGCCGCCAUGUACUUCGUGUACAACAAAACGAACAACCUGAUCGUUAGUGCUAUAUUCAGUUCAGUUAUAUCCUGCGGCAACGCCUCCCUCGACUGUCUCAUCACCGAAGUAUUUCCCACGAACUUGAGAGCUACGGGUGUGGCGGUUUCGAUGGUAGCAGCUCGACUAGGUGGUAUAAUUGGCAACGUCGUGAUCGCAGCCCUACUGGACACGUACUGUCCGGCGCCGACGUUCAUUGUGGCCGUGCUUCUCGCCGGAGGCGGCCUCAUGUGUCUCUUCCUGCCCAACACAACGCGACAAGCUUUACAAUAACAUUUCAUCAUUCACACCGAAUUAAAGCGGUGGACCGUUAUACCGGUUUUUGCCAGUAUAAAUAUCAUAAACAUUUCUUGCCGAUGGUAACACUGAACGGCUGUUUUAAGAUAUUUUAAUAGGGCAAUUAAUCGCUAGUUCUGUGAAUCUAGUAUGACUUCCCGAGGUUACUAGAAUAGGUUUAUAAAAAAAAACAGUUAAUCGAGAUAAUGUUUUGAAAGCCAUUUCCAAAGUCGCCUGAUGAUUCAAUGCCCAUUUGAUGUACGAAGAGGACGCAGCCCUUAGCUGUGUUAUAUGAUAUCAUCAGCAUCAAUCUCAUCGGAUGAUCGAUUGUUGUACCUAUUUUUUAAAGUUUGUGUCUUUUAAAUUAAGGUACAAAUUAAUUUUAAAAUUUUCUACCUAAAAAUUCGAAGCGUCGACUGUUGUUUUUAUUUUUUAUUUUGGUAACACCGAAACUUAGUUUCAUAACGGACAUUUUACGAGUAUUAUAGGUUAAGUUUUAUCAUUUCAUAUCGAUGUUGUAUAAUAAGCAACUAUUUUCUUAUUACGAAUUUAUAAAAAUUGUUACCCUAGUUAGUAGAAUGUAGUGAAUAACAUCUGAUUUGUGCUAUUAAGAUUUGUUUGGUAUUGCAUUGUUUCGUUGAAUAAUAAAGUCCAAACAAAUUCCGUGCUGUAAAUUCAUUGCACAUUUCAGAUUUUAGUUUUAUGUUGAUAAUAAAAAUGUAAAACGUAAUAUGAUGAAUAAAUCAUCUUAAAGACGUAA